GGGACAGGGCACUCCGCAUCCUUGGAAUGACAACGCCCCAGAAUUCUGCGGGAUGGUGCCAGCUUCUCUCCGCACCCGCUCUCCACACCCCUUGCUCCUAUCUGCCCUCCCUAUCCAGGCAAUGGCUAUCGCCUUCUAGGGCUUUUCCAGCCCACACCGGGCCGCGCAUGGGUGAUUUCUCCCGAAGAGCAAAAGAGGAAACGGCCUGAGAAGGGUGGAACUAGAACCCGGGUCUUCCUCCCCACCGGACCCCUCCACUCACAUUCGAUCCCAGCCUUCCCUCUCCGUCUGCUGGUGCGGCUGCAGAGGUCUGAGCCCCGCCCCGCGGGUUCGCACGUGGUCCCCACCUGACCCCGCGCGGGGAGGCGGAGUAGGGCGGGGCGGGCGGCAAACGCAGCACUUUCCGCGGCUUUCACAAGCCCGCGGCACCCGGCCCGAGCUCUUAGCCGGCCGAGACUGCGCCAUGCAGGAAGCGCCAGCCGCGCUGCCCACGGAGCCGGGCCCCAGCCCAGUGCCUGCGUUCCUCGGCAAGCUAUGGGCGCUGGUGGGAGACCCGGGGACCGACCACCUGAUCCGCUGGAGCCCGGUGAGGGCUGGGGCCCCGUGACUUCCCCAGUGGUUCCCAGGAUCCUUCCACGUCAGUGAACAUCCACGCCCACCCAACCCCUGUCUGGGACAGGGCUAUGGGUCUCCCGAUUCAGCUGUCCAGUGUAGUUUAACUUGGAGGGGUUGUGCGAGAUGAAGAUGAGGCGACUUCCUCCGGACCGAGGAAAGGAGCGGGACCAGUUUCCUCGUAAGCGACCAGAGCCGCUUCGCCAAGGAAGUGCUGCCCCAAUACUUCAAGCACAGCAACAUGGCAAGCUUUGUGCGGCAGCUCAACAUGUAUGGUUUUCGGAAGGUAGUGAGCAUUGAGCAGGGCGGCCUGCUUAGGCCCGAGCGCGACCACGUCGAGUUUCAGCACCCGAGCUUCGUACGCGGCCGAGAACAACUACUGGAACGUGUGCGGCGCAAGGUGCCUGCGCUGCGCAGCGACGACGGCCGCUGGCGCCCCGAGGACUUGGGCCGGCUGCUGGGCGAGGUGCAGGCUUUGCGGGGAGUGCAGGAGAGCACCGAGGCGCGGCUGCGGGAGCUCAGGCAGCAGAACGAGAUCUUAUGGAGGGAGGUGGUGACUCUGCGGCAGAGCCAUGGUCAGCAGCACCGGGUCAUUGGAAAGCUGAUCCAGUGCCUCUUUGGGCCACUUCAGACAGGGUCCAGCAGCGCAGGAGCUAAGAGAAAGCUGUCCCUGAUGCUGGAGGAGGGGAGCUCAUGCCCAACACCAGCCAAAUUCAGUGCCUGUCCCCUACCUGGUGCCCUCUUGCAGGACCCCUACUGUAUCCAGUCGCCCCUCCCAGAGACCUCCUCGGGCCUCAGCAGCUCUCACAGGGCCAGGGGCCCUAUCAUCUCGGACAUCCACGAAGACUCUCCAUCCCCUGAUGGGACCAGGCUUUCUCCUUCCAGAAGUGGCAGGAGGGAGAAGGGCCUGGCACUGCUCAAAGAAGAGCCGGCCAGCCCAGGGGGGGAAGGCGAGGCCGGGCUGGCCCUGGCCCCAAACGAGUGUGACUUCUGCGUGACAGCCCCCCCGCCACUGCCUGUGGCUGUGGUGCAGGCCAUCCUGGAAGGGAAAGGGAACUUCAGCCCCGAGGGGCCCAGGAAUGCCCAACAGCCUGAACCAAGGGGUCCCAGGGAGGUAUCUGACAGGGGAACUCUGGGCCUGGAGAGGGGGGUGCGGAGCCCAGAGCAUCUGCUACCUCCCAUGUUGCUUCAGCCCCCCACUGAAAGUGUGGAGCCCGCAGGGCCCCUGGAUGUGCUGGGCCCCAGCCCCCAAGGGCGAGAAUGGACCCUGAUGGACUUGGACAUGGAGUUGUCCCUGAUGCAGCCGUUGGGUCCAGAGAGGAGUGAGACUGAGCUGGCAGUCAAAGGGUUAAAUUCUCCAGGGCCAGGGAAGGACUCCACCCUUGGGGCACCACUCCUGCUGGAUGUCCAAGCGGCUUUGGGAGGCCCAACUCUCAGCCUUCCUGGAGCUUUAACCAUUUACAGCACCCCUGAGAGCCGAGCCUCCUACCUAGGCCCCGGGGCCAAUCCCUCCCCCUGAGACCUGCUUGGCUCUGAAGCCAGCCUACCUGAGGGGCUGGCCUGAAGCAGCACCCCCUUCUGGGCUUCCUGGUGCCCUUGGAAGAGGCAGAACCAAGACCCUGCUACUUUGUGGUCCUUCUCCAUUACUGAGCCCUGCACAUAAACUGCAUUUUUUUCUGUG